GUCUCUCCGAAACAUCAUCUCUUCUUCAUAGAUCCGCGGGUUUUGAUCAUCUCUUAGAACAAACUGAUAGGGUUUCACAAAAGCUCAGCUUUCGAGAAUGGACGGAGAAGAGCUCACGGAGCAGGAAACUGCUCUAUACGACCGCCAAAUUAGAGUUUGGGGAGCUGGUGCUCAAAGGAGAUUGAGUAAAUGUCAUGUAUUGGUAUCUGGGAUUAAGGGGACUGUUGCCGAGUUUUGUAAGAACAUUGUGUUGGCAGGAGUUGGUAGUGUGACUCUGUUGGAUGAUCGGUUGGUUACAGAGGAAGCCUUCAACGCAAACUUCUUGAUUCUUCCGGAUGAGAAUGCUUAUGCGGGCAAAACCGUAGCUGAGAUUUGUUGUGAUUCACUUAAGGAAUUUAACCCUAUGGUCCAUGUUUCAAUUGAAAAAGGUGAUUUGUCAACACUUGGUGUUGAUUUUUUCGAGAAGUUUGAUGUUGUGGUUAUUGGCUACAGUUCCCGAGCUACUAAGAAAGCUGUAAAUGAGAAAUGUAGGAAGCUAACCAAACGUGUGGCGUUCUACACAGUUGAUUGUAGAGGUUCAUGUGGUGAAAUAUUUGUUGACCUGCAGAAUUAUAAGUACACAAAGAAAAAGCUUGAUGAAACUGUGGAAUGUGAACUAACGUUUCCGAGUUUUGAGGAAGCAGUUUCAGUACCAUGGAAACCGAUUCCAAGGAGAACAGCGAAGCUCUACUUUGCAAAGAGAGUGAUAGAACUAUUUGAGGAAACUGAAGGGCGUAAACCUGGAGAAUGUUCGCUGUCUGAUCUCCCAAGAGUUUUGAAACUCAAAAACGAACUCUGUGAGGGAAAUUCGGUUAGCGAGAAUCUUAUUCCAGAUAGCCUCUUGGAAAGACUUGUAUCUGGUAAAACAGAAUUCCCACCAGCUUGUGCCAUCAUUGGAGGGAUUCUAGGACAGGAGGUGAUAAAAGUUAUAUCAGGCAAAGGAGAGCCGUUGAAGAACUUCUUCUACUUUGAUGCAGAGGAUGGGAAAGGUGUAAUCGAGGACAUAUCCCAUUAAGCCUCAACUUCUAAUCCUUAAAGGUCCUGUGAGAUGCUGCUCUUAGUAAGUUAGUCCUCUGUUGAAGAUUGUAUUUUAGAGUGCUUAGAACUUUGGCUCCUUGUCUUUUGUAUCUACUACGUUCGGUUUAAAAGACAAUCUGAAAUCCACUAGCUACUUUAUAAUCCAAUCUAUGUGAAGGUAUUAGUUCUAAAUUCUGUCGGGGUUUUGUUGAUAUCAGUUUUUGCCUUUUUAGAGAAGUUGUCAUUUUGUCAGUGGCAUAUCUAUAGUUAACUGCAACUUUGAGAGCGUAAGAUUGACUUUGUUAUGGUUUUAUUGCAGAAUGACUUUGUUAUGGUUUUAUUGCAGAGUGACAUACUCUGUCGUUCAUAGAAAUUUUAAACAAACAGAGUUGGAAUUGGGAACCAAAAAUUUGUACACAAGUUGAGAAAAAUAUUUGAUAAAGACGUAAGUUGGAUGAAGACAAAGAUUGAAGAAGAAAACUCAAAAGUCUACAAAUUGUAUAAACUAGCAACUUUUGGUGAAGGAGGAUACAAUCACAAAAGUCAAGGAUAUGGCUCUGUUCAACAAGAUACUUAACAUCCUUCUCCCUAUUGUCACGGUUUCGUUUCUUUUAGUGUUUAUGCCGUUUUCAAUAUUCUUCAAGCUCCUCAGCUUCAUAAGAAGAUACAAAGAGUCCGAGAAAGUCAAUGGAAAAGUCGUCAUCAUCACCGGAUCUUCCUCAGGAAUUGGUGAGCACCUCGCGUAUGAGUACGCACGUAGAGGAGCAUACUUGACAUUGGUAGCUCGGAGAGAGGACCGUCUGCGGGUGGUGGCUAAUAGGUGACGAAGGCUUGGUUCACCAGACGUUGCUGUGGUGCGUGGUGAUGUCUCAGUCAUUGAAGACUGUAAACAUUUCGUUCAAGAAACUAUCGCUCGAUUUGGAAGACUGGAUCACCUGGUGAACAAUGCGGGAAUUAUGGAGGCCAAACUGUUCGAGGACUAUUCAGAAAUUUCUGAUGUUCUUCCCAUUGUGAAUACGAACUUUUGGGGACCGGUUUACGCCACACAUUUCGCUAUACCGCAUCUCAAGAAAACCAACGGAAAGAUCAUAGCGGUUGCAUCGCCUGCUGGAUGGGCUGGAGUGCCAAGGAUGAGCAUAUAUGCUGCAAGCAAAGCAGCUAUGAUAAACUUUUACGAGACUCUUAGGAUCGAGCUUCACCCACAAAUUGGUGUGGCAAUCGUGUUUCCGGGUCUAAUCGAAAACGGAAAUACCAAUCCGGACCUUUUGACUGAG